AUGGCAUCGAAUGAAGUUGCCGAUGUCUCUGAAAUCGAGGCGGAAGUAGUUGAAAUUGAUGCCCAAGAAGACGAGCUUGAUGAAUCAUCAGUGCCCUAUCGAGCUUUCCUCACUGAGUGUCUGGCUGCAGGUGGAAACAGUCGGGUGGAAUCUUCCAUCGAACGCCUUUCAGAGGCAACUCGCCAAUCUCCCUGCAUGCUGGGAAUCGACGAAGCCGGGAGGGGACCUGUCCUCGGUCCAAUGCUCUACGCAGGCGCGAUCGCUCCUUUGGACAAACAUUCGGCCCUGAAGGCAAUGGGCCUGAUGGACUCCAAACAGUUGACGGAGGAAAGGCGGGAAGACCUACUUAAACAAAUGCUCAAGGAAUCGGAUUGGUUGGCAUACACUCUUCACGUCAUUUCUCCUAUGGAGAUCACAGAGGAGAUGCUUAGCAGGCAAGAUGCCACAAGUCUCAAUGUCAUCUCACAAAAUGCCGCAAUCGGACUUAUUCGAUCGGCUUUGGAUCAGUGCGUGAACUUGAAGGAGGUGUUUGUGGACACAGUCGGCAAGGCGGAGACGUACCAGGCCUACCUGACCUCCUUGUUCCCCAAUCUAAAGAUAACUGUGGAGAGCAAAGCAGACGCGACUUACCCCAUAGUCAGCGCGGCCAGUAUCUACGCAAAGGAGGAGCUGCUCGCGACGCCAUCCGACGCUCGAAUUUCUGCUUUAGUACACUUCUAUGACUAUCUUGUCGUUCGUAGAGCGUUGACCGAAUCCAGGACUAGCGAGGUCCUGGAGGUAACUCGAGAUCGUCUGUUGGCUCGAUGGCCGAAAGAAGCACGCGGAUCCGUUCCUCCGGGCACUCCGAUCGGCUCCGGUUAUCCUGGAGACCCCUUGACGAAGCAGUACCUACGCAUGUGUAUGGACCCCAUCUUUGGAUUUCCGCCGUUAGUUCGGUCCUCUUGGGCGACAGCGCAGUCCCUCUUGGAGGAACGCGGCGUCAAAGCCGUGUGGGAGGACGAACCCGAAGCCGACGAGGUCAAAGGUCGUCGAAGGAAGCGUCAAUCCGACGGGUCGACCAGCAUCUCCAGCUUCUUCAAGGUUACUCCCGCUCGAAUCGAUCACUCGAAGCACCGGCAACCGUUUUUCGUCAACACCGGCCUCUUUUCUGUCGAGAACCUUUAA